GGGACUACGUUACCCAAGAAGCUAAGAGGCAUGACGUCACCGCGCGCCGCCCGUGCCUUGCCCCGGAAGGGUUUAGCGCCGCCAUGACCCCCCUACCGUCCUUCCCCCUUCCUUUCUGGAAUAAGCAGCGGAGGAGAGCGCCAUGGGCCGCGUGAUCAGGGGCCAGCGGAAGGGCGCCGGGUCUGUGUUCCGAGCCCACGUGAAGCACCGGAAGGGCCCCGCUAAGCUGAGGGCGAUCGACUUCGCCGAGAGGCACGGCUACAUCAAGGGCAUCGUAAAGGAUAUCAUUCAUGAUCCUGGCCGAGGUGCUCCCCUUGCCAAGGUUGCAUUUCGUGAUCCAUACAGGUUUAAGAAAAGAACAGAGUUGUUCAUUGCAGCUGAGGGUAUUCAUACUGGCCAAUUUGUUUACUGCGGCAAGAAAGCUCAGCUUAACAUCGGAAAUGUCCUACCGGUUGGCACUAUGCCAGAAGGCACCAUUGUCUGUUGCCUUGAAGAAAAGCCUGGUGACCGUGGUAAAUUGGCCCGUGCUUCUGGAAACUAUGCCACAGUUAUCUCCCACAAUCCUGAAACUAAGAAAACCCGAGUGAAGCUGCCUUCUGGUUCCAAGAAGGUGAUCUCUUCUGCAAACAGAGCUGUUGUUGGCAUUGUUGCUGGUGGAGGUCGUAUUGACAAGCCUAUCCUAAAGGCAGGUCGUGCCUAUCACAAAUACAAGGCAAAGCGAAACUGCUGGCCACGUGUCCGUGGUGUGGCUAUGAAUCCUGUAGAACAUCCCUUUGGUGGUGGUAACCAUCAACAUAUUGGUAAGCCUUCAACCAUCAGGAGAGAUGCUCCCGCUGGUCGCAAGGUCGGUCUCAUUGCUGCCCGUCGUACUGGUAGACUGCGUGGAACCAAGACUGUGCAGGAGAAGGAGAACUAAUGUCUUUCAAUACAGUUUACACAAUAAAAGACUUUAAAAACCCCCA